UGAGCUAUUGUUGGAAAGAGGAUGAGCUCAUCGUUUAGAAGCAGAGCAGCUUCAGAGAACACAGCGACCAGCACGCAGAGUUUCCAGAAAGCUGCUGCGGACGGUGUGUUGAUCAUCUAACGGCAAACAGAGGAGAGGAAGCUUCUGCAAGACUGAGCUGCUGCUGCAAGAGGAGGACGUUCCACUAUGGUCUUGUCCCGGGACUCAGAGGCGGAGCGACCCCCACUGUCCGUGAUCCUGCCGCGGCUCUACCUUGGAGCUGAGCGCAACGUGACGCAGGACCGGCUGGCUUCUCUGGGUAUUUCCUAUGUUCUGAGUGUGAGCAGAUGCUGCCCCCAGCCUUCUUUCCUGCCCCGCUCCAGAUACCUGCGCAUCCCCAUCGAUGACUCUCUGUGGGAUGACCUGCUGCCCUGGAUCCCAAAGGCACUGAACUUCAUUGAUGCAGCCAUCUCCUCUGGGGCUUCGGUUUUGGUGCACUGUGCAGCAGGAAUCUCUCGCUCCCCAGCUCUGGCUGUGGCCUACAUCAUGUACAGCUUGGAAAUGGAUCUGGACCAUGCCUACAGGUUUGUGAAAGAACGUCGACCCGCCAUUUCCCCAAACUUCAACUUUCUGGGUCAGCUGCAGCACUUCCAAAACACCUUGAAUCAGAAGGAUUCCAGCUGUGACUUGAUCAGGCAGCAGCAGAAGAAUCAGGGGCCAUCAACGGAUGACAUGGCCAACGGGUCUCUAUGCAGUCAGAACAAAAACUAUCAGGCCCACAAUGUCACUGAGGACUCAUCACACCAUAAGGACACAACACAGCAGAUAUACUCACUCUUAGAUGACAGUGGGAACAAGCAGGGACCUUGGACUCUUGAUCUGACCACGUGUCAAAACCAACAAUGCAACCAGAAACCAUUUGAGGUUCCAGCUUUGAGCCUUUGUGAGCCCAGAAAACCUGUACCAAAGUGCACACAACUACAAUUCCCAUCAAACUCUGCUUCACUCAUAGAGAAACGUAAAAGCCUCACGCUCUCUUUGACGCCCUUGGGAACCUGCCAGCCCUCCUCAGCCAGCAGCAGCCCUCACUCAGGAGAAACCCGAGUGGCAGAAGCACUCCACAUCCAUGGCUGGGACAGGGCAGAGGCAGAGCCAGGGAGCAACAGCAACUUCUGCGUGCCGGCUGGGGACCCCCACAGGGAGCAGGGUCCCUGCCGCAGUAAGUGCAGCCGAACUGAGGUGAAGGAACAGGGCCUGCUGUCGCCGUUCAGCAUCACUCUGAACAAGUUGUUGGACUGGGGGGAGAGAGUGCUCCUGGGAGGGGUGUUUGUCCACCUUGUGAAGAUGGGACAGCCUGCACUGCCCUAUAGGUGCUGAAGGUGGAACGUGGCUAGGGUUGGCUACCGUGCAUGUUCAUCAUACCAAAACCAACCACACAUGUGAUUUAGAUAAAUACUGAGGAAACUAUUGUCUUCUAUUUAUUUAUUUUUAUUGAAGAGCUGAAUAUGAAAAUUAUUCUUGUCAAUAGCUUCUUGUUUGUUACGUACUGACAGUCGUCAACUUAUGUUUCUCUUUCUCAGCUGCAGCAGUUUUGAAAAGUCUGUGGUGCAGCAUCUUAAAAUUAAUUAAAGACCACAUUGCAACCAUG